AACCUCCUGUGUGCAUGUGGCGCCAAGCUCUCGACGUCGUACCUCCAAGCCUGCUUUUCCAUGCAAUCUGAUCUCAAUUUCUUACGACAAGAUAUGGAAAUAAAUAUAAUACUGCAGCUGCUUGCUAUCUUGACUUUCUGCUUUUUCGUAUGGCAACUUGUAAAACAACCGCUGGAAAGGCCUUCUCUCCGCUCCGUCGCCAUUCUGGUGCUUGGCGACAUCGGACGGAGCCCUCGCAUGAUGUAUCAUGCAGAGAGCUUUGCAGAGAAUAACUUUGAGACGUACUUAAUCGGAAAUGACGGCUCCAAACCCGUACCGUCGUUGCUCUCUAUACCACAUGUGCAUUUCUUAUAUCUACCGAAUGCACCUUCUACAUCCGGCCUGCCAUUCAUCCUGUCGGCUCCGAGGAAGAUCGUACACCAGGUGUUUUCCAUCCUCAAUGCACUCCUAUUCCGCAUUCCCCGUCCGCCCGAGUUCAUAGUCGUCCAGAAUCCGCCCAGUAUACCUACUCUCGCUCUUGUCUGGCUCGUUGGCGAGCUACGUGGCAGCAAAGUGAUCAUCGAUUGGCAUAAUCUGGGAUAUAGUAUACUCGCUCUCAAACUCGGCGACACACAUCCAUUCGUCAAACUAGCAAAAUGGUUCGAGGCUUACUUCGGACGUUGUGCAUAUGCGCACUUGUUCGUAACGAACGCUAUGCGUGACUUCCUUGUCAGAGAAUGGCACUUGCAAGGACACAAAGUCGUCUUGCAUGACCGACCUCCUGCUUAUUUCCAUAGAACUUCUCCAUCUGAAAUGCACGAGCUCUUUCUCCAUCUCCAACCUUCUUUCUCAGCUCCAUCUCUCCAAAACUUCCUCCCGGCAGCUAAUCCACCCUUCUCAACGCCCUUUACCCAAACCUCCUCACCGCAUCACUCCAAACACACUCCCCCAUCAACCCUUGAACUGGAAGGCGAAUAUGACUUUUCUCCCAUGCCUCAUCAACGCUUGGACCGCCCUGCUCUCCUCAUUAGCAGCACUUCAUGGACUCCCGAUGAAGAUUUCAGUAUUUUGCUGGAAGCGUUGAAGCUGUAUGAGCAGAAAGCACGAGAUGCCAGUACAACUGGAGGUGGAUUGCCGAAAGUCUUGAUGGUUGUUACUGGGAAAGGACCGGAGAGGGAUAAGUAUAUGAGUGAAGUGGCCGUCUUGCAGAAGGAGUGGCAAUGGGUGAGGUGUGUGAGUAUGUGGUUGGAACCAGAGGAUUACCCGCUUUUACUAGGUUCCGCUGAUCUGGGCAUUUCACUGCAUUCGAGCUCUUCGGCAUUGGAUUUACCGAUGAAGGUGGUGGAUAUGUUUGGUUGCGGGUUGCCUGUUUGUGCACUUGACUUUGCAUGUCUCCAUGAACUCGUGCAGGAUGGUGUAAAUGGACUCGUAUUCCAUAAUGCUCAAGAGCUAGCAACCCAAUUGGCGUCCCUGCUCGCGUCCUUCCCGACCUCACCGACGCUUGCUAGUCUCCGUCAGUCUUUGGAAGCUUCUGGUAAAGGUGCUGGAAACUGGGAAUGGGGAUCGUGGUCGGAGAACUGGAAUCGAGUCAUGAGGCCCUUGGUUUUACGAGAUGUCCCGCUUGAGAAUACGUAAUGGACGAAAUGUAGCAACGCUCACGGAAGAUAAACAAUUUAGUGAUAGUGGUACAAUAUUGACUCAUCUAUUCGAAGUAUGGUAUGGAUACAUUCCGACGGGGACUAUGG